AAUAUUGUCACUCCGUCCCAUAAGAGAAACGGUGUAUUGGAGGGAAGGGUACAACGAAAUCAUUUCAUAUAAAAACCGGUGCAAGCAUCGCGCGAGAACUUUCCCUCGCGACAUCUCGCACUUUUACAGAGCGCGAGGAUCGAAGGAUGCGGGUGUCCGGGCUUCUGUCAGGCGCGUUCCUACUGCACGUUCUCCUGACCGUCAGAUGCGUGCCCGUGCAUGGGGGACGAGGGCUGAUCCAGCACAAGGAGCAUACGGAUUGGCCACAGCGUUCUCAAUACCACUAUGAAAAGAAGAGAGGCAAAGCAGCCCAUCCUCAGGAUCCCCUCAAACCUCCAACGUGGCCAAAGGGUGAGACUCAACUCAGGAACAGCUCCAGGGCACCAGGCCCGCUGCGAUGUGGGGUCCCAGACUACCUCAACCAAAGAGAGGUGCGUCUCAGCAGACGUCUCCGACAAAAACGCUUUGUGAUUUUUGGAGGACGCUGGCCAAAAACAGACCUGACUUACAAAAUCCAGCGCUUCCCAAAGCAGAUGAGCAAGGAUAGCGUGAGGCAGGUUCUAAAGGAAGCCAUUAAAAUCUGGACUGACGUCACACCCCUUACAUUCACUGAGGUCUUUAACCAAGAGGCAGACAUAGUCAUUGACUUUACAAGGUAUUGGCAUGGAGACAAUUUGCCAUUUGAUGGACCCGGUGGAAUCCUGGCUCAUGCUUUUUUCCCGAGGACACACCGGGAAGGAGACAUCCAUUUUGACUAUGAUGAGGCUUGGACAGUUGGCAAUGAACUUGGAACAGAUCUUCUGCAGGUGGCGGCUCAUGAGUUUGGUCACGUCCUGGGUCUGCAGCACUCUCUGGAGCCUGGAGCCAUCAUGUCUCCUUUUUACGGCUUCUCCUAUCCUCUGCAGCUCAGUGAAGAUGACAAGAAAGGGAUUCAGUACCUCUAUGGAUCCCGGCCGCAAGCCCCGCCCCAAAUUCCUACAGAAACCAAUGAGAUUAUUAGCAGUGCACCUGACGCCUGCCACACAGACUUUGAUGCCGUGUCUAUAAUCCGUGGGGAAUUGUUCUUCUUCAAGGCCCGUUAUGCCUGGCGCAUAAGGGACGGCCAUCUGCAAGCGGGAUACCCUGCCCUGGCCUCUCGACACUGGAGGGGCAUUCCAGGGAACAUAGAUGCCGCCUACGAAGACAAAAAGGGCAAUAUCUGGUUCUUUGAAGGUUCCAACUAUUGGGUAUUUGAUGCAGAGCACCGGAUAGCAGGUCCAGACCAUCUACAAACUUUAGGUCUUUCCGUGACACACAUUCAGGCAGCAAUACGUUUAAAGGAGUACCACAGCCACCAAACAUACUUCUUCAAAUCUGGAAGCUACUGGCGAAUGGAUCCACAUGAGAACAGGGUUGACCCGGGCUUCCCACGCAGCAUUCAGCAUGAUUGGCGGGGCAUCCCUGAUGAGAUAGACGCAUCCUUUCAGGAUGCCCAUGGUAACGCAGUCUUCAUCAGUCGCCGACAGUACUGGAAGUUUGAUCCAGUUCGGCGUAAGGUUCUGGAGGGUUACCCAAGAUAUGUUGGUCCAGACUUUUUUGGAUGCAGCAUGCGAAAUCUUCCACAUCUGAGCUUUAUGAACCAUGAGCGACUAUGUAUUUGUUGUGAUUAUCAUGGUGCCACUGUAGUGAAGAAGAGUGUAAAGAUCAUGGCACACAGUGUGACUCAGGAGUACAUGCAGAUCCCAGCUGUCACGCGAGCGUACACGACUGCGUGCGUCCUGACUACAGCUGCUGUUCAACUUGAGUUCAUCACACCAUUUCAACUAUAUUUUAACCCUGACCUAAUAUUAAGGCGAUACCAGGUAUGGCGACUAAUCACAAACUUCUUGUUUUUCGGACCUCUUGGAUUCAGCUUUUUGUUCAACAUGAUUUUUUUAUAUCGCUAUUGCCGGAUGCUAGAGGAAGGCUCCUUUCGUGGGAGGACGGCAGACUUUGUCUACAUGUUCCUAUUUGGUGGUGUUCUCAUAACUCUCUUCGGGUUGUUUGCCCACCUGUUCUUCUUAGGACAGGCUUUCACCAUCAUGCUGGUUUAUGUGUGGAGUAGAAGAAACCCUUACAUUCGUAUGAAUUUCUUUGGCCUACUCAACUUCCAAGCCCCAUUCCUCCCCUGGGUGCUCAUGGGAUUCUCACUGUUGCUUGGCAACUCCAUUGUUAUUGAUCUUCUGGGAAUUGGUGUAGGACAUAUCUACUACUUUCUGGAGGAUGUGUUUCCUAACCAGCCAGGAGGCAGAAAACUUCUUGCCACACCUGGAAUUUUUCGAGCUCUGUUUGACGGACCUCAGGAAGAUCCCAACUAUUUCCCUCUUCCAGAAGAUACCAGCCAAGAUGCAAGACAAGGACAAAAUGGGGAAGACCCUCAACAAGAAGAUUAGAAAAAUGCAAUACCACAAGGAUUAACUAAAUUGGCCAUAAAUUUAAGGGCCACCUCUUUGUUUUGUUUUUGAGGAAGUUUGUUUGUAAAGGAGUUUUCUAAACGAGAAUAUGUAAUCUCUCCUUGUUAAAGGGAUGGUGUGUUUUGUUGCUCUAUGCAUCAGAGAAAGAGAUGUUUGCAUUGUGGAUUAUGGCCAUAUUGACAUUAGGCCACCUAAGUGAUAGAUCACAGUUUUGUGUUCCAUGCACAUUACAAACAAACAAGUAUUCCUUUGUGGUUUUGUUUCGCAAUAACAAUGGCUUUCUGUGUUCAUUCACACCACAUGGUUUAAACAAUUGCUGUUUUCUUACUAAAAUUACAAAGCAACGGUGGCUUUUUAAUGUCAGCAACCAAGUUUAAAGGAAAAUUAUUCAUCCAACUAUUUUAUCUCAAUGAAGGGUAGAAUGGACAGUUUUGCACUUUUUCUUUGGUAUUCUACUGCAUCUUUGUUCACACAGAGCAGUGUUUCCCAACCAGGGGGCUUCAGCAGAUGUCCAAGGGGGCCUCAAGAUGAUUUAAAUUAUAAAAAAUUGGACAAAAAAGCAUUAAAAUAAGCUAUAACAAGCAAAAAGCAAGAUAUUUCUUAUUUUUUUGGCCAUUUUGUAGCAAAUAUCUGUCUAGUCAUUCCAAGCGCUAGUUAAUUUUAUUUGGAAAAAAAAUACGUGAGUGGGGUCCUUGAAGUGAAAAAGGUUGGUAACCACUGGCCAUAGAGUACUGAUGGAGGUGGACACAUUCACAAACGUGCCAAAUAUCUGAAUUGGCAAAUUGAAUUGCAGACUAUGCAGUUUAACGGCCUUUGUUAUUGUAGUGGCAAGGCAAAAUACAAAAAGCUUUGUGUUUCAGAACAGUUAGAGAUGAAUUGUUGUCAGGAUGAGUCUGUUCUGCUGCAAUUUGGGAUGGAUGGAUACAUUUGGAAGAACCUUUUAUAGGCUUUUUUGACUGUUAAUACAAAACAACUAGAGGCUGAUUGUUAAUAAAAACUUGUAAUAUUUA